CCACGUGGCCCGCGGCACAAGCCGCGUUGCGCCCGCGAGUUUUCCAAACUCACGCUGUGGAGUGAAUGUCCAAGCGCCUGCCUUUCUGGCGUCCACCACCUAGUGGAGGGGAGGGGGCGGUACCGCCUCCCAGCUCGGGCUUCCAUCCCCUUCCGCUCCUUCCUGAGGAGGCGGGGGACGGGGGUCCGCCUUGCGCGUGAUCCGUGAUGCCUGGCCCCUGCCCCUCCUCCUGGGUGGAGCUUCCUCAUCACCGCCAGACUUAAGCUGAGGCCCAUUGGAUCUCUGGCAGGGUGCGGAACUGAGCCCAGCUCACGCUAUCGUGCUCACGCUCUGUGCUUUUGCCAAGGGGGCAAUGGCGGCUUCCUGUGUUGUCCUGCACACUGGGCAGAAGAUGCCUCUGAUUGGUCUGGGUACCUGGAAGAGUGAGCCUGGCCAGGUAAAAGCCGCUGUGAAGUAUGCCCUCAGUGCAGGCUACCGCCACAUUGACUGUGCUGCUAUCUACGGCAAUGAGACUGAAAUUGGGGAGGCCCUGAAGGAGGACGUGGGACCGGGCAAGGCAGUGCCUCGGGAGGAGCUGUUUGUGACAUCCAAGCUGUGGAACACCAAGCACCACCCUGAGGAUGUGGAGCCUGCCUUCCGGAAGACACUGGCUGACCUCCAGCUGGAGUAUCUGGACCUGUACCUGAUGCACUGGCCUUAUGCCUUUGAGCGGGGAGACAACCCCUUCCCCAAGAAUGCUGAUGGGACCAUCCGCUAUGACUCAACCCACUACAAGGAGACCUGGAAGGCUCUGGAGGCACUGGUGGCUAAGGGGCUGAUACGGGCACUGGGCCUGUCCAACUUCAACAGUAGGCAGAUUGACGACAUACUCAGUGUAGCCUCUGUGCGCCCAGCUGUCUUGCAGGUGGAAUGCCACCCAUACUUGGCUCAGAAUGAGCUAAUUGCCCACUGCCAAGCACGCGGCCUGGAGGUGACCGCUUACAGCCCUUUGGGCUCCCCUGAUCGUGCUUGGCGUGAUCCUGGUGAGCCUGUCCUGCUUGAGGAACCAGUGGUCCUGGCACUGGCUGAGAAGUAUGGCCGAUCUCCAGCUCAGAUCUUGCUCAGGUGGCAGGUCCAGCGGAAAGUGAUUUGCAUCCCCAAGAGUAUCACUCCCUCUCGUAUCCUUCAGAACAUCCAGGUGUUUGACUUUACCUUUAGCCCAGAAGAGAUGAAGCAGCUGGAUGCCCUGAACAAAAAUUGGCGAUAUAUUGUGCCCAUGCUUACGGUGGAUGGGAAGAGGGUCCCAAGGGAUGCAGGGCACCCUCUGUACCCUUUUAAUGACCCGUACUGAGACCACAGCUUCCUAGUUUCCCUUCCAGCUCUCCAGCGAUGAGGUCCUGCCACCCCAGAAAGAGGGAGUUAAUAAAGUCAUUGGAAUAUCAA